GUCAUAAUUUCACCGUAGGUUUAGCCUCUGACGUAACGAAAGAAAAGCACACCUACAUUUGUCAGGGGGAGAGUAUGACGGUACUGAAAUCACAAGUGUAGGAUUAGGAUACCGUAAACUAACAUAUAUCACAGUCAAAUCCAAGUUAUUGGUUAAAGUUCAGUUGAAUGCCGAGAGACGCUUUGAACAUAAUGGACACUCAUGUGAAAGCAGGACAAGUUUACCUUCAACACAGAAAUGUAGAAAAGAAGUGGAAGCAGCAUUGGCUGACUCUCUACCCCUCCAGCCGCUGCGGUGUAGCCAGGCUAGAGCGCCAGGAAGUGGGGGGAGGAGAGCGGGCCGGUCCCUCUGGGGUCUGGAAGCACCAGGACAAAGUUAAGGAGAAGAGGGUGAUCCGCCUGUCAGAGGUGAUCAGGGUCCUGAAGCUGCCCCCACACGCUGAGGCCUGCCCCAAAGACAACAUGGCCGCCUUCUGUGUGGAGACCGACGGCAGGAGGUACGUCUUCGCAGCGGAUAAGGACGACUGCGUGGAGUGGGUGGAGAGGAUGUGUGACCUCGCCUUCCAGGGAGGCUCCACUGGUCAGCAGCCCCAAAUUCAGAUGGAGGACAACCAGAUCUACGUCUCCAGGGAGGAAGUUAGUGAGUUCAGGGUGGGUGUGAAGCAGACAGAUGUAGCGAUGCGCUGCGGCCUCCAGGGGGAGUACUAUUGGCUGCAAGUGGCCCAGGAGGGGCUGGUCCUUAAGGAGGCGGAGACCAGGAAGAGUUUGCAGGACUGGCCCUAUCGGCUGAUACGACGCUAUGGCAGAGACAAGUUGACGUUCAACAUCGAGGCGGGCCGGCGCUGUGACUCUGGACCCGGAACCUUCACCUUUGAGACGUGCCAAGCUGACGUCAUCUUCAGCCUCAUCGAGACCGCCAUACGGGAACAGAAGGCCGUCGCCGGGGACGAAUGUGAGGGCGACACUGUGGUUGCUAACCGUAGCCCUAAUAUGCCUCGUGCUCGUUCCCCACUGCCCAAACUACCAGAUAGCGCAACCAUUUUGGAGGGCAGCUACAGUUUUAAACCAGUAUUUUCAAAUGCUAUUGGCUCAGAGCAGUGUUUGUACUCACAGCCGCCUAAUUUGAUUGGCUCUGAGGAGUGUCCGUACUCUGAGCCAGCAGACAGUAUUAAACCCAAAGCCCCCAGCCUCAACUCCUAUCUGACGCCCCCAACAGCCUCCACCCUCACCCCCUCAAUCCCUCUACACCCCUGCAAUCACCAUGUCAACCGAACGGAACCAGUGUACGCCGACCCAGCAGACAUCCUCUCACUCACCCCGAGAUCUACACCACCACCCCCGCCCACUUCCUCUUCCUGUUCUUAUCACCACGGCAACAAGCCAGAGCCGGUCUACUCCGAGGUGUACGACCGUGCGAGUCCUCUACCUGACAAGACUCAACAACAGAAACAGAGCCAGGACCAGCGGGGACAGGAACCUGGCAAAGAGGAACCCAUCUAUAGUGAGCCUUGUGUGGGGACCCCAGCCAAGGGCCCCAACACUGACCCGUUCGCCCACCUUUACAGCCAGGUCUGCAAGCCAGGCUCUUCAUCACCAUCUUCAUCAUCAUCCCCCUCUUCCUCACUGGCCUCCUCUUCCUCCUCAUCAUCAUCGUCGUUGACCGUUACCAGGACCUUGGCCACCAGGAGGCCCACUGCUGGACGCCAGUCACCAGAGGUCAUCUAUGAAAACAUGGGGUUCAUUUAGGAUUCUCUGCUGCGUCUGAAAUGGCACCCUAUUGCCCUUUAAGGUGCACUACUUCUGAUCAGCGAGAUAUUCAGACCAAUACACACAUUCACUCAUUUCACAAUGUUAUUGUCUACUUACUUUAUUUAUUGAACUUGUUUUCACAUACAGAAUCAUUGUUUUUUCUUAUGAUGUAAUAACUUUUGUAUAACGUGUUAUGAAUAUCAAUAUUGCACACCAGUGUAAUGGACAUGGGAGAGGGAGAAAAGAGCCACAGAGAUCUUCCAGAAGUCUGUCAGUGGUCGAUGUAAAUGUUUUCAAACAGUGUUAGCCGCAGCCUCCUCCCCAACAGAAACCAAUGACUUCCGCUCAGUCUCACAUCCUUUUCCUCAUUUACUUUGUUUUACUGAUGUGAUUCAAUAAAACAAUAAUGGGUGUGUAUCCAGUAACUCUCCUUCCACUAUUUGUUUUGUGCAUUGAUUGUUUUUUUUUGUGUUUUUUAAAUUGUGCCCCUCAAUAAAUCAGACUACUGUUCAGUUCAA